UCGGAUUUCACCUCGUUCAUUAAUCUUGUAAUUCAAAUAUUCAAAACAUAGGAUUUACAUUCUCGUCUCAAGAAAUCAUGGCACAACCCUCACACAUCAACUCAUAGCACCCGAUCAGGUUUGCAGCUAUGAGCAUCAUUCGUGAUGGCUGCCCACAAGCCAAGAAAACGAGUGCUGACCGCGGCUAUCAGACCGUCGAGCAGCCAAGCACCCUUCAUUUAUCCAGCACUGACUGUGACCACGGGGGGCUUGUAGGCGGGGAGCUCUCUGCUCCCCUCCAACUUCUGGUUUUCUUUCUCCUGCUGCUGUUGCAUCGCAAGUCGCUUCUUCUUUGCGUCCGCAAGCGAGCAGGCAUUGGCAGAUCACCCACCCUGUUGAGGCUUUGCUGUCAGUCCGAAGAUCUUGCGAUAGAUCUUCUUGAUCAGCGGCCUAAUGAAUCACUUCAUUUCGAAAAGAUUCACUGGACCCUUAAAAGGAUCCUGUGAGGUAGAGAGGAGGAGAGGGUAAGGAGAAGUGUAGGAUAGACGACUGAGAGCUCAGGAACAGAAGACUGUCAAGCACGGAAUAGAACGCGAGGAAGGGACGGGAGGGUUUUCGCAGCGGG